AUGUCGGCGAUCGGGCUGAUUGCGCUCCUCGCCUGCCCGUCCAGGGUCGAAUUGCAUGCACAUCGCCCCACGCCCGUAAGGCAUCGAUCCCGCAGGCCGGUCGCGAUUGCCAUCCAGGGUGAUGUCGUGAUGAGCGCGGCUGACACCAUCCUGCGACGAGCCCCGUACGCCUCGGCCUUCGCUGUCGUGGGCGUGAAGGCUGUGCUUGCCGAUCUGCUCGCACAAACGCGAGAGCGCAGACUCCAGCCUGUUGGCGCGCGCGUCGUCACUUGCGACGAUCUCUCCUGCGAGGAGAUUGAGGUCGCCGCACCGUAUUGCGCGCGUCGCACGUUGGCUUUCUUGCUGUACGGAGGAAUCUAUCAGGGGUGCUUCCAGCACUGGCUCUUCAACCGAAUGCUGCCCGCGCUCGUGGGAGAGGGCUCUGACCUGCGCACCGUCCUCUCCAAGGUCGCCGUGGACCAGCUUAUCCUCACUCCCUUCCUCUGCCUGCCCGCUGCCUACUUGUUCAAGGCGCUAGCUUUCGGCUACGGCGCCAGGCUCGCCCUCCGCCGCUACCUCGCAGACGCGCGGCGCGACCUGCUCGCAAAGUACUGGGCGCUCUGGACGCCCGUGCAGUGCCUCACGUUCGGCGUGGUGCCGCCGCAGUGGCGGAUCGCCUUCGUCGCCGCGGUGAGCUUCUUCUGGCUUAUCGUGCUCAGCUCGAUCACCGCGAGGAGCGACCCGCCGCCUCUGGACUGACGCCUCUCGUCUAUUCCUUGUCACGCUGUGCAUUGCUUGCCCACACUUGGUGUGCAUACUGUUGUCGUGCGCGUUCGUCGUAUUGGAAGUGGCGGUGUACACAUACGUAGUACAUGCAACGGUGCGGGGGGUGUGUCGCCAAUUGCGGCUGUGUACUGUUCGGCUGCAUGCCGGCGUGGGUGGCGCAGGUUGAGGUUCGUCGAGGUGUGCGCGGCUGUGCGUCCCCGUCGUCCGUCCCAGCAACGACCUCGCCCACACCCCUCCACCACGCUCCACGCUCUCCCCAGGGCCAGGCGUCCGUGUGUGUGUGGCUUGAGGCUUGUAUCCACAUACCGUGUACGAGAAUGUACACGUGUGU